AUGCCAACUACUACAAGACCUAAUCCUUCAGAACUUUCAUUAUCUUAUUUAAAGUCGUUAACAAAUAUUGAAGAUAUUCAAGAAUGCUUGAGAAUUUUAGAUUUAGAAGAAAACCAAGUUGACCUUAAUUUAGAUGAAAUAUUAGAUAAAAGACCACAACUUGAAAAUGAAUUGGAUAAAUUAAAGGUUCUUAGACCACAAUUAGGAACGCUUCAUUCACAAGCAGCCGAUUUGUUAAAUAUUAUUAAUGGUACAUCUAAUGUAGCAGAAAGAAUAAGUGCACAAGUUAGACAAUUAGAUUUAGAACAAUCACGAGUUCAACAAACCAUUAAACAAGUAGAAGAUGUACAAGAACUUAAACAAUGUAUAAUGGGAGUUCAUCAAGCAAUUUAUAUUAAGGAUUAUGAAUCAGCCGCAUCAUAUAUAAAUAGAGCAUCAAUAUUAGAUCCCAAAAUAUUAAAUGGGGAAUUUGCAGAAAUUGCAGUUCCAUCAUCAGAAUAUCCGGAUAUUCCAACAAAGACUUUAUCAGAUGCCAAAGGGAAUUUAUUUGAAAUAUUUUCUAAAGAAUUUGAUUUAGCGGUUAAAGUUAAAGAUGAAAAUAAUAUAAGUCGAUUUUUUAGAUUAUUUCCUUUACUAGGAAAAGAAACUGAAGGAUUAGAUAAAUAUUCAAAAUUUGUUUGUAGUAUUAUUUCUGGAAAGAAUCAAGAAAAUUUGGCAGAAAUUGCGGUGGGAACUAAUUUUUAUGGAUAUGCUCUUCUUAAAUUAUAUGAAAAUAUUGCAACAAUUAUUAGUCAACAUCAAUUAGUAGUUGAAACGCAUUAUGGACAAGGUAAAAUGAUUAGAGUAAUUGAAAGACUUCAAGAAGAAUGCGAUAAACAAAGUAGAAUAAUAUUAGAUAUUUUUUGUGAUGAAAGACAAGUAUCAGAUAUUAAAAUAUAUAAUUCCACGCCUAAAAAGCCACUUGGACCUCAACGUCCAGGACAACCAAGAGAUAUUGAUAAUAUGCCAGAUCCAAGAGAACUCGAUAUUAUAUUAAAUGAAUUAGCAAUGAUUAGUGCAAGGACUCAUCUUUAUUACCAAUUUAUAGAAGCAAAUGUUGAUGUUUCUUUAAUUGGCAAAGAUAUUGAUAAUUAUGAUCCAACAGAAAUAAUACGAAUCAGUGGUUUAUCAAAACAAUUAAAGUCUUUAAUGGGUGAUUUCCUUGUUAUGGAAGAAUAUUUCUUUAGGAAAGCGAUCGAAAAGGCCAUGAAAAUUGAUAAAUAUGAAGAAGGAAAUAUUACGUCUAGUUGUGUUGGUGAUGUUUUUUAUAUACUUAGAGAAUGCCUUACUCGAAUAAUUUCAACUUCAGAUAUUGAAUGUUUGACUACGAUGGUAAAUUUAAUCAAUCACAGUUUAGAAGUUGAUUAUAUCACAAUGUUCCAAAAGAGACUUUUAACGGCUUUCGCUACAACUGAACCAAAAGAUUCAAAAAUUGGUUAUAUGAUUUUACUUAAUAAUUUGGAUGUGAGUGCGGAAUACAUGCGACAACUUAUAUCUGAACUUUUAGCAUUAUCAUCACCCAUCAAUAACGAUAAUUCAGAAAAGGCUCAAAAAUGUUUUUCAUGGUUAAAUACUAAUACAACUAAUAAAUUUAAGCAGAUUUUAAUGAGUGGAAUUGAACAGCUUUUUGCGCAAAUUGUAAAACCACGGAUUCGACCAAUAUUACAAGAUGCUUAUAAGGAUAUCAAAUAUGUGCUUAAUGAAUAUGAAUAUCAUGAACAAGAAGCAAAUGAUGGAUUUGCUAAACGAGUUGUAUUGGGUUUUGAUUCUCUCGUUCAAAUUUAUCAGUCAACGUUCUCAGAGAAUAAUUAUAAUCAAAUGAUGAUGUAUAUAUUGGAAUCUGUAACUAGUAUGUGGGAAAAAACUUUUGGAUCUUUACGAUUCGAUAAAGAUUUAAGAGCUGUAACCAAUUAUUUUUCUACAAAGAUGCAAUGGCCAUUUAGAGAUAGGUUUACUAGAUUGAAUCAAAUAUCAAUGUUAUUAAAUUUAGAAUCACUCUCUGAAAUUCACGAUUAUUGGGGUAGCACUACAAAAUCCUCAAAUACUAUCACUUGGAGAUUGACUGUUACCGAAGCAAAGAAAGUUAUUGGAUUAAGAAUUGAUUUCGAUCCCGAGGAAGUUUCAAAAUUAAAAUUAUAA